AUGGCAGCAGAGGCGCCAUUUUACACAGUCGUGUUCGAAGAUACCACAGAGAGCUCAUCUACGCAGGAGCUCAGGGCGUCGCUCGAGAAAGGUACAGAUGAAGAGAGACCGGACACGUUGCGCAGGAUGAUCAUUUAUAUCAUACCCUCCAGAAAUAAGCUGCUCAAAAAGCUGCUUCACUUCUACUUGGAGGUGUGUCCCAAGUAUGAUGAGAACGGGAAGUUCAAGCAGGAGAUGAUUCUAAUUUCUCCUUGUCACGUAAACGCAAUCCGAAAUGACCUGCCACGAUAUAUUAGAUGCAUGUUUGAAUUGUUGAGCUCAUCGUCGCAUGCAGUUAAGUAUGAGGCUGCUACGACGCUCACCACACUCACGCAGAACCCCACUGCUGUGAAAGCUGAUCGUCCUGGAUCGCUUGGACACCCUACGCUCCAAGCAUGGGCAUAUUCUGGAUGGAUUGACCAUGAACAUCUUGCCGGUCUUGUCGCGGUACGAACAUCGAUCGAGUACUACUUGAAAACAGCUACUGAGUUCUAUUGUAUCAGCGCCGACAUAGAGGUCCGAAGGAAAGCCGUAAGCAUCGUACUCAGCAUGACCUCGAGUCGGAUCGUGGAGGAAGUUGUUCUCUUCCUCAAGAAACAGCUACAAUGGACACAGGAGCGCGAGUUCGAGAAGGCCCCGGAGUACAGGCAACUUCUCGUCCAGUCGAUCCACGUAUUAGCGGUCAAGUUUUCUGAGGUAGCUGCAAGCGUUGUCCACGCACUCAUGGAAUUCCUCGGAGACUCAAACAAUCCCUCUGCGCUUGACGUCGUCGCCUUCGUCCGCGAAGCGGUCGAGGAGUUUCCGCACCUCCGGCAGUCCAUAUGCGACAAGCUUACUCAAACUCUGACAGAGAUCGAAUCUGGCAAAGCUUUCCGCAGCGUCCUCUGGAUUCUGGGCGAGUAUGUUGAAAACCUGUCAGACAUUCAGGCCACAUUCCAGGAUAUCCGCAAAGUGCUUGGUGAGAUCCCAAUUCUUGCGAGCGAGCAGCGGUUACUGGACAAUGCUGGCGGAGAGGAGGAUAAGAAGGAGGAUAAGAAGGUCGAGGGAAGCGGGAGGCCAGAGGUGCUUGCUGACCCAACGUAUGCGACGGAGAUGGCGUACACCAGCACCAACUCAGCGAGAUUAGAGGCUGUCAAGGCUGCGUCCAAAUCGCCAUUGAGAGGUGACUUUUUCACUGGUUCGGUACUCGCCUCAACGCUGACGAAGCUCGUGUUGCGAUUUGACGAGCUUGCGAACGAUAGUCCAAAGGCCAAUUCUCUCCGCGCUGAGUGUUCACCGACGCCCACCCAGUCCAUGCUAAUCAUGACAUCCAUUAUCCGAGUCUGGCAGUCGAAGUUCGUCACGGUACCGAUCGACGAUGAUUCAAACGAGCGCAUUCUCAAUUGCACACAAACCCUGAGCGAGCUCCAGGAAAAAUCCAUUGUCCACGAUAUUUUCCUGAAGGACACGAAAGCGACAUAUACUAAGAUGCUCGUCGCUCAGGAGGUGGGCACUUGGUCUCCUUCAAGUCGUGAUGUUACUAAUGUGCCAACAGAAAAAUGCAGCGGAGAAGAAAGAGUCGGAAAGCACACAGGAAAGUAUCGUGCAUCUGACAUUCUGCCAUGA